AUGCUCCUUUUGCAAGCAUUAUCGGAUUCUUACUCAGAGCAGCUGGUGCAAUGGCGAUCUCGAGUAGACGCCGGCUUCCAGCCUGAUCUACCCGGCACUUCUUGGCAGUUCUUGGUCAGUGCGAACAUAUUUUAUUUGGGCGUCACAUUCGCAUUGUACAAGUACAUGGGGUAUCGAGGGGUACCGUUCAAGUGCAAGUCAUUCAAGAGUAUCCUGUUGUUGUAUAAUUUCACUUGCGUGGUCCUGGCUGGGUACGUCGUUUGGGGCAUCAUGUAUUCGGCCAGGUCUGUUCAGCGCAAUUUUGUGUGCAACCGGACUGUGAUUCCAGGCGAUGGUGAUGAUGACGGUCACGCUGGUUUCUUGGCGCAUGUAUUUUGGGUAUUCUUUGCCCAGAAGUUUUGGGAGUUCCUGGACACGUGGUUUUUCCUCUUGCGCAUGUCGUUUCGACAGGUUACCUUUCUCCAUGUGUUCCACCAUUGUUCCAUCAACAUCGUUGUCGGUUUGAUCCUACCCUUCCGAACUUCAACGGGGACAUGUAUUUGCCCAUUCUGCUCAAUGCGUUCGUGCACGUGUUGA